AUGGACGGAGAUCUUCUGCAGGCCGUGGUGCUGGCGGACAGCUUCGAUACCAAGUUCUACCCCAUCACGCUCGAGAUGCCGCGGUCACUGCUGCCGCUGGUGAACGUGCCCACUAUCGACUACACUCUUGAGUUCCUCGUUGGAGCCGGCGUACAGGAGAUCUUCAUUCUCUGCUGUUGGAAAGCGCAACAAAUACAGGCCUACAUCAGCCAAUCACGAUGGACGGAGACGCCCAAUGUGGUCAUUCGCACGAUCGCCUCGACGCGGUGCCUCAGCACGGGCGACGCCCUCAGGGAAAUCUACAACUUGCAAAUCAUCAGCUCUGAUUUCGUUCUCGUGAGCGGCGACGUCAUCUCCAACAUGAAGCUCCAGCCCGUGCUCCAGGCUCACAGAGCCCGCCGGAAGCAGGACAAGAGCACCAUCAUGACCGUCGUCUACAAGAAGGCCGCUCCCAACCACCGCUCCAGGUCGCAGGAGGACGACAGCGUGGUGGUGAUCAACCCGGCGACGGGUCAGCUGCUCAACCUGGAGAACGAUCGCGAGGAGGACGCCGUCAACCUCGACACCGACGUCUUUGCCGAGAACUCCAGCGUGCAGUUCAGAUACGACCUGCUCGACUGCCGCAUCGACAUCUGCUCGCCCGAGGUGCUGUCCGUGUGCGCCGACAACUUUGACUACAACGACCUCCGGCAGGACUUCAUCCGCGGCGUGGUCGUGGACGAGGUCUACAAGUGGGCUUACCCGAUGGUGCCGGAUUGCAACUUUAUGGGCACCACGUCGUACAAGUAUCUCCGCGGCAACAUAUACCAGGAGGAGGGCAUCAAGCUCGCCCGCUCCGCCACGCUCGGUCGCGACACCGUCAUCGGCCAGGGUACCGAGGUUGGCAACAACACAUUCAUCUCGCACUCGGUGAUCGGACGCAACUGCAAGAUCGGAGCCAACGUGAAGAUCGUGGGCUCCUACAUCUGGAACGGCGCCACCGUGGCCGACGGCGCUACGAUCUCCUACUCCAUCGUCUGCAAUGAGGCGCGCAUCAUGGCUGGCGCGGUCGUCGACAAGGCCAGCCUUGUCUCCUUCCGAGCUGUGGUCGGCACGGAUCGCGCUCGAGCCGGAGGAGGAGAACGACGAGGUGGAGUUUGA